AUGUCUCUCUUCCAAGAUUUGUAUGGAUAUGUACCUCCACAUCUAGCUUUUCCUUCUUCUACUACUACUUCUAUGGAUGUUUUGGAGGAUUACUUGAAAGCAAGGGAUUCUAUGCUUGACAUCAUUAAAGAAUCUUUACAUCAAGCACAGGCCAUAAUGAAGUUAUAUGCUGAUUCGUCAAGGGUGGAAAAAUCAUUUGCAAAAGGGGAUUUGGUUUACCUCAAACUCCAGCCAUAUAGACAAGCUUCUGUGUCUUUGAGAAAAAACUUUAAGCUCUUAGCCAAGUACUAUGGACCUUCCAAAAUUUUACAGAAGAUAGGUGCAGUGGCCUACAAACUUCAGCUCCCUUCACACUCCAGGAUCCACCUUGUCUUCCAUGUCUCCCACCUAAAAAAGCAUAUUGGUAUGAAGCACACACCUUCUCCUAUACUACCUGUUGUUGAUCUCCAUAGUGAAUUCAUCAUGCUGCCAGAGAAGGUUUUGAAGACCAUAUCAGUACUCAGAGGAAACAAAUUGGCGCGUCAAGCUCUCAUCCAGUGGACCAACUCAUCAGUGGAGGAUGCUACUUGGGAGGACUUCACCAACAUUCAGUCUAAUUAUCCUAGAUUUUUCCUUGAGGACAAGGAUAAUUUUCAGGGGUAG